AUGUAUCCACUUGCAUCACAGUUCGUAUUUGAUGCAGCAAACAGUCGAUUAUGUGUGAGAAUAAGUGAUAACGAUACCAAUAAAAAUGCAAAGCGAUCACAAUUUGAGAUUGAAAGCAUAUUAAGAAAUAAUUUUUGUGAUAAAACAGUGACUGCUGGAAGUGUAAUCGAAAAGAAUUUGAAAUCCAAUCAAUUUGCAUUUGACCAAAUGUUAAUCGAAGAAAAUCUGCCAAAAAAAUUUAUUGUCAGUGUACAAAACGAUAAAAUAAUUUCGCCAACGGAAUCAAUAAUGAAACAAAAGUUUUGGUUGAAAAGUAUUCGAAUUGCUGACGACAUUCCCGGUGCAAAUACUUUGCUCGAAAUCAGAGACGACAAUGUUGAAAUGAGAUCAAUUAAGACGAUGAAUGUUGGUGAUGAACUGCUGUUAUGGUUCUCCGAAGAAAUCUUAAACUUGAUGGGAAUUCCAUUUCUAGCGCCAUCAAAUAUUCAGGGUCAGAAGGCGUAUGUUUGUCUGCAUUGUUAUCGUUCAUAUGAGGUGCCAAAUCAAUUGAAAAUUCAUUUAGCACGUAAUUGCGAUCAAUUUGAAGAGAGUUUAUUAUGGAAACGACUUCAAGCUGAAUUACUUUCACGUCACCAAAGAAAAGUUUUGAUUCAAUCAAGAAAUUUUGAAAUGCUUAACCAAUUUCAUCCUACGACCUCAAAUCGUCGCUUUUCUGCAUUCCAACCAGUCAUCAAUAAAUGCGAAAAUUCAUCUUCACCACCGACAACAGCAAUGCCAAUGCCAAGUUUAUCACCUGUGUCACAUGACUCAGCACUUGCUGCUGCAGCUCAUCUUGAGACCAUCGUCAGUAAUAUGGGAACAAGCAAGCAAGGUCAUUUGUGUAUUUAUUGCGGAAAGCUUUAUUCGCGAAAAUAUGGAUUAAAAAUUCAUAUCCGAACACACACAGGUUUUAAGCCAUUGAAAUGCAGACACUGCUUUCGAGCAUUCGGCGAUCCGAGUAAUCUAAACAAACACAUUCGCCUUCACAACCAAAGUAGUGAUCAUCAUACAGCGUCGAGUAGUUCUUCUGUAUACAAGUGUCACAUUUGUAGUAAGAUUUUACUUAAAAGGAGGGAAUUGCAGCGACAUAUGCAACUUAAACAUUCAUCGAAUAGCAGCUUGAGCAAUUCUUCUGUUGACGAAUCAUCAAUGACUUUAUUGUCUGUGUCACCUUCAUCAUCAUCAUCAUCAUCAAGUGAAGAUGAAACUCGCUGA